AUGGCUUCUGUGGGGGUGUCUGUCGGCCGGCAGGCCGAGGAUGCGCUGCAGCCACCCGCAGAGCCACCGCUGCCCGAGACGAAGCCGCUGCCGCCUCCGCAGCCGCCGCCGCCGGUCUCCGCGCCGCAGCCGCAACCGCAACCGCUGCCGAGGCCUCCGUCCCCGGCCGGCGUGAAGGCUGAGGAGAACUGCUCCUUCCUCCCUCUGGUUCACAACAUCAUCAAAUGCAUGGACAAGGACAGCCCUGAUGUCCAUCAGGACCUGAACGCCCUCAAGACCAAGUUCCAGGAGAUGCGCAAGGUGGUCAGCGCCAUGCCUGGCAUCCGCCUGAGCCCUGAGCGGCAGCAGCAGCAGCUGCACCGCCUCCGCGAGCAGGUCCGGACCAAGAACGAGCUCCUGCAGAAGUACAAGAGCCUGUGCAUGUUCGAGAUCCCCAAGGAGUAGAUGAGCUGGCCUC